AUGGAUGCAUGUUUCCUGGCCUUUGGAGUUCUCUGGGUGACAGCCGCGGUCAGUGAGCCAGCCCAGGGAGUGGAAGUGGGGUCCCCUGGAGCAAGCUGUCAGACACGCUCCCCUCAGCAGUUGUCGGGCCGCCCAGCUGUUGAUGGGGCUUCUGAGACACAGCUGGGUCGGGAUGGAGACCACCAUAUGGCUGGGAAAGCCAAGAACAUUUACUAUCUGCCCCUUAAUAGGGAAAGUGUGCCAAAGCCUGCUGUAGGAAGAGACUUUAAUUUUGUAACUUGCUUCUUUUGCACUUUUCAAAGGUAUAAGCGGUUUAACCAGACUUUGGACAGCAUUGGAGAGAACGAAGGUGGCAUCGAUAAGUUUUCCAGAGGUUAUGAAUCGUUCGGGAUCCACAGACACGCUGAUGGUGGUUUAUACUGCAAGGAAUGGGCUCCUGGAGCAGAAGGGGUUUUUCUUACUGGAGACUUCAAUGAUUGGAAUCCAGUUUCAUACCCAUACAAAAAACUGGAUUUUGGAAAAUGGGAGCUGUAUAUACCACCAAAACAGAAUAAAUCUCUAGUGCCCCAUGGAUCCAAAUUAAAGGUUGUUAUUAGGAGUAAAAGUGGAGAGAUUUUGUAUCGUAUUUCACCGUGGGCGAAGUAUGUGGCCCGUGAAGGUGAUAAUGUGAAUUAUGAUUGGAUACACUGGGAUCCCGAACACACAUAUAAAUUUAAGCAUUCCAGACCAAAGAAGCCAAGAAGUCUAAGAAUUUAUGAGUCUCAUGUGGGAAUAUCUUCCCAUGAAGGAAAAGUAGCUUCUUAUAAACAUUUUACAUGUAAUAUACUACCGAGAAUCAAAGACCUUGGAUACAACUGCAUUCAAUUGAUGGCGAUCAUGGAGCAUGCGUAUUAUGCCAGUUUUGGUUACCAAAUCACGAGCUUCUUUGCAGCUUCAAGUCGUUAUGGAACUCCUGAAGAGCUCAAAGAACUGGUUGACACAGCUCACUCGAUGGGUAUCACAGUCCUCUUGGAUGUGGUGCACAGCCAUGCUUCAAAAAAUUCAGAAGAUGGAUUGAAUAUGUUUGACGGGACAGAUUCCUGUUAUUUUCAUUCUGGACCUAGAGGGAAUCAUGAUCUUUGGGAUAGUCGAUUGUUUGCCUACUCUAGCUGGGAAGUUUUAAGAUUCCUUCUGUCAAACAUAAGAUGGUGGUUAGAAGAAUAUGGCUUUGACGGGUUUCGUUUUGAUGGCAUUACUUCCAUGCUCUACCAUCACCAUGGAAUGGGUCAAGGCUUUUCAGGUGAUUAUCAUGAAUAUUUUGGACUACAAGUAGAUGAAGACGCCUUGAUUUACCUCAUGCUGGCAAAUCAUUUGGUUCACAUGUUGUAUCCAGAUUCUAUAACAAUAGCGGAGGACGUAUCAGGAAUGCCAGCUCUGUGUUGUCCAAUUUCCCAGGGAGGGUGUGGCUUUGACUAUCGAUUAGCCAUGGCAAUUCCCGAUAAAUGGAUCCAGCUACUUAAGGAGUUUAAAGAUGAAGAUUGGAAUAUGGGCAACAUAGUGCAUACACUCACAAACAGACGCUACCUUGAAAAGUGCAUUGCUUAUGCAGAGAGCCAUGAUCAGGCACUCGUUGGGGAUAAGACACUGGCAUUUUGGUUGAUGGAUGCUGAAAUGUAUACCAACAUGAGCGUUCUGACCCCUUUUACUCCAGUUAUUGAUCGUGGAAUACAGCUUCAUAAAAUGAUUCGACUCAUUACUCAUGCCCUCGGCGGGGAAGGCUAUCUCAAUUUCAUGGGUAAUGAAUUUGGACAUCCUGAAUGGUUAGACUUCCCAAGAAAAGGAAACAAUGAGAGUUACCAUUAUGCCAGAAGGCAGUACCAUUUAGCUGAUGAUGACCUCCUUCGCUAUAAGUUUCUAAAUAACUUCGACAGGGACAUGAAUAAAUUGGAAGAAAGAUGUGGUUGGCUCUCAGCGCCACAGGCCUAUGUGAGUGAAAAGCACGAAGCCAAUAAGGUCAUCACUUUUGAGAGAGCAGAUCUUCUUUUUAUCUUCAACUUUCAUCCAACCAAGAGCUACACAGAUUACCGAGUUGGAACGAGAUCACUGGGAAAGUUCAAGAUUGUGCUCGACUCAGAUGUGGCCGAGUAUGGAGGACACCAGAGGUUGGACCACAGCACCGAUUUCUUCUCCGAGGCUUUUGCACACAAUGGGCGUCCCCAUUCUCUCUUGGUGUACAUUCCAAGCCGAGUGGCCCUCAUCCUGCAGAACGUGGACCUGCCCAACUGAAGAGCUGGGACGUCGCUCGCGCAGGGAAGGAUGUGCGUGCCGUUUUCCUGCUCUCACUGUCGCACAGCUCAUAACGUGGAAGCUCUUCAAAAUGCAGUGUCUCGGCAAACGUCAGAUGUCUGAAGUUCAGUAUUGGUUUAUGCAGAUGAAUGCCAGACUUUUCUUUAAGAAGUAGAGGGGAAUAUUUCUGAAAUGUCAGGGGUCUUAGACAGUAUUUUCCAGAUAUCUAAGCCGCUAGAAUUCUCAAAUGAAGAAUUACAUAUAAUGUCUUUGAACAGCAUUGCUUUCCUGGCCAAUUAUUUGCUGCUUCUAAAUCUGAAUUUGAAUCAUGUGUCACAUACGAUUUCUGUUGAAUGUAUCUGGUAUUUUUUUAAGGUGGAUAUUUGGAGGCUUUAUUUGUUCUAAUAUCCCAUGGUCUGACUUAAGAGGUACUAAGAUUGUUACUAUGCUUUUUUCAAGCUACCUUUAGAAAUAAUGUAAUAAAUGUGUAGCUAUAAUAUAAAAUUAAGAAUUGAAUUAUAGAUAAUAUAAAAGUCAUUAUCUAUGAACUCAUCCAUGACUCAUUUUGUAUAAGUUCUUUCUAUUUUGUGAUCUCUUGCUCACUUAGUAUCUUGGUCGAUGCUGAUAUCUCAGUCUUUCUGAAGGCCUGUAAUGUUUCAGAAAAAUGUCUUUUACUUUCAAUAAAUAAAAAUAAUUGCAAAAUUGC